AGCCUCAACCUACAGAUGAACCAUUUCCAGAUAUGAAAACUAGUGAACAGCCGUCACCGAUCAAAAAACCUGAGCCAAUGUCUGGCAAACAAUCUCCUGUAUCUUCCCCCUUAAAGUAUGACAGAACAGAACCAGUGAAGAGAGGAACCCCUAAGAAGAAGACUGCGCUAGAGCGCUACAACAAUUCACYGAAAAAGRUUGGUGCUUUUGGCUCUCCAGAGAAACCACUCACCCAAACAACUCUAAACAAGGAAAGCUUCUCGCCAAAAAAGUUAAUGACAAGUAGCGACAAGAGGAUUGAUGAUAAUUCCAGUCAUAAUCCACCACUACAUGCCAGUCAAACCGACAGCUAUGGUAGGCUUCAGUGUAAUAAGGUUGUUGUUGGGUUUAGYCAUUCACAGUUAGCCUAUCUUGAGGGUAUAGAAGAGGAAGGUGACGAGUGUUCAUCAAGGUACAUUGAUACUUUGCUUGGUUUUGUUACUGCGUACUGCAAGCCAUCUCCCGAUUUGUGUUUCCGUGUCCUCAGUGAAAYACUUCUAAAGUCUCAAGACAAUGCUGUUUCGCUGAAGGCGUUUGGUGCAUUAAAACAAAUCCAGACUAUCCACCCUGUUGUACCAGARCAAAUGGGAAAAAGUGUCACUUUUGAGUUUCUUGAGGAGGUUGYCAAGAGACUAGAGAUGUCUGGAUGCAAAUGUAAGAACUACCAAGACACCAAAUGCCCUAGUAGUCUCUGCUUAAAGGCAGGAAAUGCAUUGAAAGCUUUGACUUUCAUAGUGGACGUGAUGGAGAAAGAGGUCAAACGAAAAAUGUCACCAAACAAAACKAUUGCAUAUCGACUCUUAUCACUUGAGAGCAAAUCUGCCAACAUUUGUAAAGUUCUAUCAUGGAUAACCACAUCUGCCAAUCUCUGCUGCAAUUUUAAAAGUGUUCCAGAUUUCUACAUCAUCUUAAACCUUUUCCAACGACUGCUUCAAUUAUGUUUAUCCAUCAGUGAAAACCCGGACAAWUGUGCUGAUAGUCUUGCCCAAGAAAUACUCAGCACCUACUCACAGCUUUCAAGUCUCGAGUGCAGGACAGUUUUUCUUCAGACACUGCCGUCUCAUUUACUGAAAAGCAAGUUCCUUCAACUGUAUGUUCAACUCUUCUGUGAAAUGCCCGAGCCUUGCGAACGUGAUUCAAGUUUAAAAGGAAUCCAGCAUAUCCUUGAAAGUGAUUUCCUUCGAUUACCUCGAAAGAGAGAUGAUGUUGCAAACUUUGAAGCGCGAAUGUGUGCAAGUACUCAUAGGAGUGCGGAAGAAUGCGAGGAGCAUGCCAUGAUAAUUGCUUCGUCUUUACAAAGCUACAUGUUUUCCCAUCACAAGAAGCUCAAGAGUUCUCCCAAGAAAUUAGCCCUGAACAGAGAUGGUCCUGAAAAAUUUAAUACCGUCAAUGACGAGCGACAUCUGUCGUUAAUUGAUAAAGACGAAAUUGUGAACAUGGGGGAUAAAGUUCAAAUCUUUGCAGGGAGAAUGUUAAGUCUUUCUCCUUCCCUUACCGACAGAACCAUGCAUCUAGUAGAACUCCUUUCAGAUAUGAGGCUUUGGGACCCUUGUGACCUCACGUUGGUGGUUCAAUGACAGACCAUACUUUACUGUAUUAAGAGAAUGAGUCUAUACUUCACAACAUGCUGGACGCCGGUCUCUGUCUUUUAAAUUUCAUGAGAUUGAUUAGGCAAUAGACAAUAGGCAAUGCGCGGCCAUUUUGUACAGAAAAAAUAGCAUGAUGGGAGUUUCCAAACACUUUUUAUAGCCUCUUUAAAUCUUCUUGAAAGACACUUUUAUGUUUCUAUUCUAUAAAGAGCUCAACUUUUGAAGAAGAAGUAAUUUAGCGGACAUGAAAAAGCGCAAGGACUACAACUUACGUUAGAUAUAGUUUAUUAUAAAAACCAUUGCAGCCAGACCAGGUUAAUUACGGCAUAUUUAAAAAAUGAUGCGAAAAUAAUAUUAUAUAACAAAAACAAUCUUUUGAACAAAAAUAAAA